AUGGGUUCAAGCUCCAUUCUAAUUUUGAAGCCUUACGAUGGAACGAAGAAGACUGCCAUUCGAGGAUGCUGGAUAGAGCUUUCCGAGAAUAAAAAAACUAUCAAUUUUCCGAACUUCUUCGCUUUUCCGUCGGACUUUCAUAAAAAGCCCCUUAGAUGGUACGAGUUCCUACUUCUAGGCAAUAGCCGGCAACAGGCUUGCAAGAUCUGCCUCAGCACCUUUGGCAGCACCAGUAACGGCCAGGUGUCAAGUGAAAUGAUGUCAAAUUUCAUUUUAGCCCUGGAAGGCAUGGAUGCUUCAACCGAACCGGAAGUGCCAUCCAGUGGAGUUCUCGUAGCGUCGAAAAUCGUAUUUAUUGAUUCUUGUUCACCGGUGGUAGAAUGGGAAAAUACGCCCAAAGAUGAAGUCAAUGAAGUUUACCUCCAGCAGUUUGCUAUCGAAGAAAUUGUUUUCGGAUAUACAGAGGAGCUACAUUUUGACAGAUGCGUAUAA